UUGGAUGACGGCACGCACAGGUGGAAAGCAAGCAAUCCACAAGGCACAGGGUUGCCAAUUCAUUGAAUAGAGCUAAGCUUUGCUUCAUAUGCUGCGGAGCCCAUUCGGCAGUAUUCAUGAUGUCACUAUGGACGUUGACCCUGCUGAUAUGUUUCCUCUUUGCUCCGUUGCCAGUGGCGUGGUAUACGUUUUGUUCAUCAUCGUCCUUCCGUCAACUUUACGCCCCCGUUCAUCUCUCACUAAUUCAUGGAAAAUACAACUCAGACCACAACCUUUCAUCUAUGCUAAUGACUCGACGGUCGCAGACACGUGUUAUCUUUCUUUCUACGGCCCUCGUCGUUCACAACAGAAAACGUGUUUCUGUCCAACCAGUGUGUCGUGUUUUCUGCCGUUGGCCACGACGUUACCACUUUUCGUUCUGGAUCGCGGACCAUAACGACGUAGAUCAAGCUACGUCGUCGUCCGUGAUUCUGUUUGACUUCGCGUGUUUCUCAUUGUUGGCCGCGACUGACUUGUGUGGUGAGCACAUGGCAUGGUGCGGAACACUGAUUAGGUUAUCAAUCUCCGAAUGGUGGUGGCUUAGCAUGCGUGGCGGACUCAAGUCUAGGCCUUACGCCUUAGGACCCGGCGGCGUUAUGGCUCCGAAAUUACGCUCUAGGUGUUUCGCGUCAACGAUGUAUCAGAAAAGGUGGGGAACGUGCAUUGGUAGCGAUCGCAAGACCCUCUGAUUCUGAUACUCUGGGCAGGCCUGAUCGUCGAUCAUCCUCCGUCACCGUAGGGCACGGAAUCAUCGGAAUUCAUACCAUCCGCCGAACAUUGCUCCACUGCACCCUGGAAAACCCCAACAGCGACCACAAUGUUUCUCAACUUGAGCAUUGUUUUGUGACUUUUGCAUAGCUCAUGCAUGCAACACUCAUCA